GAACGCAAAAGAGAGCGCCUCAUGAAAGCGAAACAAUGGUGUUGACUCGUUCUUUCGUUGGCACCGUGCAGCAGUGUGAAGGAAAGAUGCCAACGUUCGAUGUCGCCCUUUCAUUCUGUUCUCGUGCGCUUGCUGCACGGUCCAAGCCGUUGGUUUGAAAAGGUUGGUUUAAAAAAAAUUUAACUUUCAACAACGUCGGGUGUGUGUCUCGUCUCCGCAGCGCGUUACGUAGGGAAUUUAAGUGUACGGAUCACUAGAAUGAAGUGAAAUUAAAUCAGAAACACAGAGUGUAUGCUUUAAUAUGUCUAUUAAAUAAUGUAAAAAAACAGAAACAAGUUUGAAAUUUGUAGCUUAAAACCAUCUCGUGCUGAUAAGACAGGAAGCAAGAACAACUUGCGCAAACAGUUUUCAGUGCUUUCAGUGCUACCAAUUCAAUACACAAUUGGGGAUCGGGUUCAUUAAAUGCUGGAUUCGACGUCUUUAUUCUUCAUUGCGUCGAAAGGUGUGUUCGUGUGCAAAAGAGUCAAGCGGAGAAAAAAAGAAAGGUAAAGCUGUGUUCUCGAUCGUGCGUUCAAUUCUAUUGUUGUAUGCAGCUGUGUUAUCAUCUCGUGACAAGUGAAAUGGUUUUGUGCAUGUUGGUGGGUUGCCAUUUUGUUAGCAUCAGAUUAGUUCGGAUUCGAUUGCUCAUUUGUACGGACAAUCUCUGCAAGCUGUUUAUCGAUCAUUUGUUAGCAUUAAAACCUGUUUUAAUAGAAAGAAAGAAAAUCAAAGGUUAAGUGACACAUGGUUUGGUUGUAUGUUCUGUUUUCUGGUAUUAAACGCGUUAUUUAUCAUUUAGAACAAAAAGAAAAUAAUUUUACGCUGACCUCUACACUAUUCAAACUGAUCGACGUUAGUGUGUAUAAAAUGUGAUAGGAAAAUGGGUGCUUAACAGACAAGUGCAUUUUUCUUCUUGCCGGUUGCAACACGAAAAGGCAAACCCGGUGAAUGGGAACCGUUGCCAUUUGGAAGUGAGUUUUUUUUAUUCGCUAAGUGUGAUGUUCUUCAUCAGAUUUAAGAGGAAUGCGUGUGUGUGUAUAUGGAUGGUGUAUAAAUUUCGGUAGAAAUUCUUGAUCGUCUUAAAAAUUCGCAAUCUUGUCCAUAUGUGUUUGUUUCGCGUUUUUCACCAGCAUUUCGGUAAUGCAGCUUGAGAAGAUAUUUCAAGUUUUACUUCACAAUAAGCAUGUGUGUUAAUGGGUCCAUGUGAUUAAAGCAAAUUUCAACAUGCAUAAUUGAUAAAGUGGAUUUUUUUUCAUCUUCUUGCUGUUGUUGAAAUAUAAAUGGCCGAUUUGGUGAAUAAAAUGAUAUUCCUCUCUCGUCCAUCUCGUCGGAUGAUGUUUGGAACAUUCUUCUCAACAACAGAAACAUAACGCUGUCCAUUGUGACUUAGUACACGGUUUUUUGUAAGCGUUGGGUGUGAUUUGUGAUUUGUUUUCUCGCCGCAUCGCUAGUGCGCUGGGGGGUGGGAGGACGUGAGAUGCUGCAAAAUUUUCCCGACUAAAUUUUCCCGCCGUGGGACGACUUGGAAAAGAGAGAAAAAGAGAGAGAUAGAGAGAAGAAAAACAUAGAUAAAUAGAUUAAAAAAAAAUAAAGUGCGAGAGAGUGCCACGCGCGUCGCAAGUUUUUGGUGUCGAUGUGGGAAUAGUGUGUGAAGCGACGUAUAAUCUGAUGCGCGUUUUGUUGUUUUGUUUUGGGGAGGGAAAAUUGCAUAGAAAAGAAGGCCCCCAUCCCAUACCCUUCUUCCCCCCGCCCCACCAAAUGCAACACAGUGAAAACACCGACGGGCUGGCAGGUCAAAAGUGAAACACAGUGAAUCAUGAUGAUGAUGAUGAGCAGGUGAAGAAGAUGAUGAUCGUGUUGAUGAUGAAGCAUAAGAAAGAGGCCGCCCACCGGGUUGCUGCAGUGUAACGUACCGGAGGUCGUGUGUGUGCGUGUGUGGCUGUGUGUGAUUGUGUGUGCGUGUGUACUGGGGGGGUGGGUUUUCAGGGGGAGCGGGGUUUGAAUAGGAGCGGGAAAGGUGGAAUUAAAAGAAGGCGGAAAAUUGGGUGGAAAAGUUACAAAUGUAUAUCUUUUGCUUCAUUUUUUUCUCUCGUUUUGCUUUGCGCGCGUUUCUUUCUUGCUCACAGCAAAAGGAAAAACACUCACCGCAGGUGCAGCAUGUGUUGGUGUGUUUUGGGCUGAUGGCUGAUCGAACGGAAAACGCAUCCACAGUGUUGUAGGUGGUUUUUUUUUGUUGUUUGCUCGUUGUUUUGUGUUUUUGUGUUUUUUGAGACCCCGAUGCCAACAAGCAAACACGCAUUUUGGUGUUUCGUACAUUCGCCUGGUGAGUGAGUGAGUGAGUGAGUGGGGUGGUUUUUUUUUUGGUGAGUGAGCUGUACGCGAGUGUGUGUGAGUGCGCUGUGGGUGAUGUCUAUUGGCGACAGCACAAUGGAAUUGGCAACGAGCACGACGGCACGAUACACCAAUGGAGGUGGUGCCGGUGGUGGAGUUGGCGUUCCAAUACCACCUUCGGGCACGGGCAGCAGCAGCAGCAGCAACAGUGCUGGGCCGUCCGGUGAGAGUUCAAACCAUACGACGGGCAACACGAUCACAGCACCCAGCAACACCAGCAACACCACUUGCACUAACGGCAACGCUGGUAACAAUAGUGCGAACAAUCUGAAACGAAGCAGCAUGCGGCUUAUCGCGAAUGUGGCGCCAUCCACACCGUCCGCAUCAACGUCCGCAACCGGGGUGGGUGCACCAUCAGCGGCACCUGCAGUCGGUACGGUGGCUACAACAGCAUCAACCACAUCUUCAACGGCAACCGCGGUCAUCGACACCGCCGCCUCAACCGUGUCCUAUCACCGACGACCGUAUCCGGAUGCGGCGCUACAGGAGGACGUACGGUACAACGGUGCUCCGGGUGGUGCCCUAGGGAACGGUGCUGGUGCUAAUGGUACUGCUAGCAAUGGCGCUGCCAAUUUGCAUCCCGCCCUAAUGCAGCUUCAGCAACAGCAGCAGCAUCACAGCAACGGCAAGCUGCUGAUGGGAAGCGGUAAUGGUAGCCCAACGUCCGCCGGUCCGGAACGGAUGCUGAUGAGCGGGGUGACCUCCGUUAACGGAAACGCUAGCAACAACGGCAACAACACCAACGGCAAUCAGACGCCAACACCGACGAUUGUCCCCGGCGGGGGUAACAACACCAACGGCAACAGCAUUCUAACGCAGGCCGGUCUGGAGGAGUACAGCCGGGCGUACUACGAGCAGACGACGAUGUACCAUCAUCAGAAGCAAUCGUCCUACGCACAAUCGGAGGGUUAUCAUAGCUACGUGUCGAGCUCUGACUCUAGCUCCACACCGUUCCUUGAUCGGCUGCGGCAGGAUAGUGAGCUGCUACUGUCCCGAUCGUCACACAACUGGUCCCAGCAGGACCUGCAGCAGUUAACAUCGUCAACGAGUAGCAGCAUCGGCGAUAAUCACAGCUCGGCCGAAAGUAACAGUUCCUCGACGGAAACGCUCAAAUGGCUCGGCUCGAUGAGCGACGUGUCUGUGGCGAGUCAUGCGACGAGCACGUCCGCUUUAUCCAGUGCCGGUUCAACCUCGCAGCUGAUCGCGCACAGUUCGCGCGUCCGCACGCCCCAACGCCACAAUUCCGAGAGCAUCCUGUACAUGUCGAACGAUGACCAAUCGACGCUCGGCGGUGUGUCCCAGUCGACGGGCUCGCUUCACAAUCACAACCAUAUGGUGACGCAUCGCCAGCAACAACAGCAGCAGCAGCAACAGCCACAUCCCCAGCAUAACCAUCACUUCCAUCGGCAUCAGCCACAUCGGCACAGUCAUUUGCACGCGAACGGUGCUACCGGCAACAACCAUCAUACACCGUCAUCUGCUUCGAGUACGGGCACUACCGGAUCGGUACCGAGUGCGACGGCUUCUGGUGCCCAAUCGCAACAACCAUCGCCGACGGGAUCGACGACGCAAUCGUCCAACGGUUCCGCCCCGAACACUCGCUCUAGUCGUAGCAAUAAUCGAUUGUUUCCUAUCAGCACGUACACGGAACCUCCUGGAAGUGGUGGUGGUGGCGGUGGUGGAGGUGGUGGAGGUGGUAGUGGCGGCAACAGCAACAACAGUAGUAACACUGGUAGCAUUCCGCAAACCAACGGUGGUGGUUCGAUGCUCGAUUUCAAACAACUCAACUCCCACAACUGGCAAUCGGUGGCGGAGCGGAUAAACGAGCUGGAAAAGCAUCAGCAGCAACAACAUCACGGGAUAAAUUUGCACAGCAGUAGUACAUCGAAUCUGAAUGGAAGCACUACUGGAGGUGGUGGCGGUGCCCAAGGAAAUAAAUCCCACCACAAUCAACACAAUUUGUCAGCAAUCUCCAAUGGGUCUUCAAAUCCUUCGUUAACAUCCCCUGGCAAGCAGCAGCAGCAGCAGCAACAGCAACAACAGCAGCGCUACACCUAUUUCGAUCCAAGUAAAACGCAUCGUGUCUCGAAUCCAUCACUGAAGGCAUUCCAGAAAAAUGCCGUAAUUUCGUACUUCGAGCGACAACAGCAGCACGCCCGCGAAAGCAUUCACUCACGGCCGAGCUCGCUUAACCUAUCGAUAACGUCCGGCGGCAAUAGUGGGAGUGCUACCAAUGCGGGAGGAUCUCCGGGAACAACCUCCAACACAAAGUUACAACCUGGGGGAAGUCCACCCGGUGUAUCAACGUCCGUCAUCAGCUCACACUCGCAGCGUUCGUCCAUAUCGAGUGCGUAUUCGUCCGCUGCCGGUAGCAUGAUGGAGCUGUCCAGUGCAUCACUCUCGAUGGGAAGCUACUCUCCGCCGAGCAGUCUUGCCGUACAGCAACAACUGGAUAAGUUGGCCGUGAACAAUCUGCGCAAUCAGCUUGCUUCGGUUCAUACGAUGAAUCUGCUGAACAAGGUUGUACCACCGCCUAGCAUACAACCAGAGCAGCAUCAUCACCACCAGCACCAUCAGCAGCAAAUGAUCAGUAACGCCACGUUGAUUCUAGCGUCGGCAACAGCAAAUGGGUUACCCAGUGCUCCGGGCUCUAGCAUGGGUGAUUCAAUGAGUGAAAGUCAUGAAAUGAUCUCUACACUUGAUGGUGCGCCGCCUCCACCGCCUCCGCCGAGGAACCGCGCCUCCAUGCUUCCGAUGGGUAGUGCGGUACCGUAUUCACCUUCAGCCCACAUGGCUACGGUGAGAAGAACAUCAUCUGCUUCCGAAUACUCCUCCAUACGAGACAAGCUGAUACAGCAACGUCAGCAACUCUCCAAGGAUCUUCUCGGACCGAUGAUCAUGGGUCCAAUAAUAGCACUCGACGACUGGGUACCGGAGCGUCCACCUAAAAAUCCAAUGCUUCGGAUACCGAGUCCCGAGUUACCACCGCCUCCUCCGAUGCUCACACCAACGGAGGACGUACUGCUGAUCAAUCAAGACGAACCGUUGCCUCCGCCACCACCGGAGCUGUUACGCCACAUGCGACAGUUGAGCGAUUCCGGUGACUGCCGAUCGAACUCCGCUAGCCGGAGAAACAGUUUCGCCGGUCAGACGAACAAAAAGAGUCUCUAUCGGGCUUCAACCUUUGAGAAUCUUUCUCCCGCCAAUGCAGCACCUGGUGGGCAACAUCAACAGAAUGUUGCCGUGGUGCCACCGAUGGUACCGAAGAAACCACAACAGUGUUCACCCGGUGCGGAAGGUCCGACGAAUGUGCACCGACGGCCAGCUUCGAGUAUGGCAAAGACACAAACGGUUCCUUCGAUGGCUUCCACGAUAAGCAAUGGUGGGUCAAUGCAAUCAAUGCAUCACCAUCAUCAUCAUCGAUUGUCCCAUCAGAUGGUACCGAACGGUAGACCAUCUCAAGAUCAACAACAUCAUCGGCUAUCGUUGCCACUGCAACAAACAUCAACGGCAACCGUACAGUCGGGAUUGAUGAUGAAUGUGUCACCACAGCAGCAGCAGCAGCAACAACAGCAGACUAACUUCGUUGCUGGUAGACAAUCCGAUACACGCAUAUCCGUACGUAAGCGUGCUCACAACUCGCAACAGAUGCCCGUUUCGGAGUAUCUGAUGAAAAUGAAUGGUGUCUCGCAAAAUGGUACCACACCACCGCCACCAUUAAAACCGCGCAUGCCAGUGCAACCGCUGGCCGAGUGUAAUGGGCAACAGCCAACACUGCAGCAAAUGCAGCAACAGUUCCUGCAGCAUCAACACCAGCAGCAGCAACAGCAACAGCAUCAGCAGUUCCAGCAACAGCAGCAGCAGCUCAUUUCGAUGGGAAGCAAAAGCUGCACGAGCAAGGAUUACUACAUCUAUCAAGUAACGACUCCUGAAACAGUGACACCGAUCGCAAAGGACGAAGAUGGCAAACGCACUGACAGGAGCAUAAGCUCGGUGUAUUCUCUCAACUGUCGUCAUGGUGGAAGUGAUACGAUUAGCAGUGACGACGACGAUGAAGACACUGAUGGAACUGUGUCCACCUCAACCUGCUCCGUUAUCUCCUCUUCCUCUUCCUCUGGUCAUUCGACUUCGCGCAACUGGCUGGAAAUGCUGAGUCCGCGAAUUCCUAGCCCGUUCAGGAUGAAACGCACAGUUGCGUUAACGAGCAACUCGAAAGCUUCCUACCUACCGAGACAGCCACGUGACAAGCUGCACUCUGACCCCGAUCAUGGUAGCUACAAGCUAACACUGACCUCCAAUGAGGACUGCAUCAAUCACAACAGUAACACUGGAGCCACUACCACAACGUCCAACACGGGCGGAGCGAGUGGCGGACAUGAUGGGUUCCCGGAGGAGAUCAUCUCCACAUCGCCCAAAUGCAAUCUACCGGAUGUGCUUCCACCCGGCGUAAAAUAUUCCCUUUACUCCACCAACAACAACAACAACAACAACAAUGUGAACAACAACAAUAGCAUCAACAAUCAUCAUAAUGGCGUCGGUAUGAUCAAGCCGAAGCACGGUGGUCCCCACUCUGCACCGAUCAUUUCGACGGCCAAUAGUCUGAAGUCACUGUUUAACUUCAGCACGAACUCAUCGUCCGACACGAAGGACCGUGAAGGACCGACCAUCCCGAGCACUCCGCCGGCCCUGAUGUUCAAUGGCAAUGGCAAUGCGAGUCCUCCGCUAGCGCAAAUUCAAGCCACCUCACCGAAGUACACCUCCCAGUCGUCGUUCGAUCUGAAGAAGACACAAAUUCUGGACACCGGAGAUGCACACUGCAAUGGGUACCAUCUACACAACGGCACCAGUGGCGGUAAUGCCGUUCUUGGUUUGCCGACUCCCACCACAAACAUGAGCGCCACCGCCACGCUGACCUCGAUCGCUUCCAUCAACCAUACCGUGGUGGAGGAGACGGAACCGAACGAUGCAUCGACUGCCCAUACCACACCCGACGAUAGUGUACCGCCGCCGCUUCCUUCCACGCCCUCGCCGGCACUCAGCAACGGUCCAUCCAGCUGUCUGGUGUGGCCACCGGCACAAACUGUAAAUAAUUGCAAUGAAAAUUCCGAAAUGCUGACCAAUUUCGAGCAACAGCACCAACACCAGCACGAAAGCACGAGUACCGUUGGUUCCGCGUGUGCCAGCUCCGAACGGUCCGUGACGGAGGCUACCAUCGACAGUGAAGUUUCGCCCGCCAGCACGUCCGCACGCGACGAUGCGUUGUCGUCGAACGACGCAACAACAACAACAACAAACGCAACGGAACCAACAGUCCCAAUCGAAGUUGUCGUGGCCAAAGAGCAGGAAGGAGAAAGUUGCCCUAGCGGGUCCGAUGCGUUUGUGAACGGUGGUGGUAGUGAUCAUCAAUCUGUGAGCAAUUCGACCGCAUCCAGCCCAUCCAGUGGUUCGCCGGUACUGGGUCUAGAACGCGUCACGAAAGAGAUCAACCUAACACCAGCAGUUGAUGAAGAAGUGAGUGAGCUUUCCGCAAGCACAACGCCACCACUGCAGCGAACGGAAAUAGUACUGCGCGUUCAAGCACCAACGUCUGAGGCGGCCUCACAGACAGAUAGUGACGAUACUGGAUCGAUUCUUAGCCGUGGUGUCGCCGAGCUAACGAUCGAUUGUGGUCUAAAGCGGAACUCAGAAGUGACUCACGUUAGCUCCAGUCAGCACUCAUCCAACGGAACAGUCACGUCGGUUGCAACAUCCACCACAUCCAGUCCAACUGCGUCACCCCCGGGAACGCCACCGAGUGGUAAAGAAACGUCCCAGAAGUUCUUUGCACCUGCGUCAUCCUCUCCACCACCGGCGACACCGCGUAAGCUCCAUCCGGAGGAGAUCGAUUGUGAUAAGCUGUCGCACGAUCUUGUCAGUCAACUGUCACCAUCGGAUAAGCUCCACACCAUACUGGCGCCGAAAACAUUCAAAUCUACGUCGGACUACGUGUCCGACCUGUUCAACAUCCAGAUCGCUCCCCGGCCCCUCAAGAAGGAUGCAUCGACCGCAACACCAACGGAGACGUGUGGCGGAACACCGAAAAGCCCGCUCGGUAUUCUGACGUCCAGUUCGACCUACUUUCAAAUCUCCGAACCGAAGGCGAAGCUGAUGACGCGCUACAGCCGCGAAAUGACCCUGAUCAAUGGUGAUUGCUGUGAUCUGACCAAGAAGAAGGAGGAACUUGUCCAACGUCUUGGCAAGAAGCUACUAGUCCUAACAAACGAGCAAACCAACAUCGCGGAGGAGAGCAAUGCGAACGAUCUGCUCGGUAACGAUGUUGCGCUAAAGGUGGCCCAGAAGGUACGCCCAGCUGACGCCUCCAAGUUCCGCUCGUACGUCGAUGACGUUGGGUACAUUACGAUGCUGCUUCUCUCCCUGUCCGGUCGGCUUGCCCGCACCGAGAACGCUCUGCACAUGAUCGAUGCUAACCAUCCGGAUAAGAAGAUCCUGGAAGCGAAACGUGAACGAUUGCUGGAGCAGCUGGACGAGGCAAAGCAGCUGAAGGAUGACAUCGAUCAGCGCGGUGCGACGAUCGCGCGCAUCCUCGAACAGUCGCUCACGAUCGAGGAGUACGCGGAUUACGAUUACUUUAUUAACAUGAAGGCAAAGCUGAUCGUGGAUUCGCGUGAAAUCACCGACAAGAUUAAGCUGGGUGAGGAGCAACUGGUCGCCCUGAAGGAUACGCUCGUACAGAGCGAAUGCUAGCCGGAAUGCGUCCAAAUGAUUGUGUUAUUUCUUUUUUGCUUGUUUGGCUGUUUUAUCUUCACGUGUGCGUUUUGCGUGUGUGUAUACUUUUAAGUGGAAUGUUUCGUGCUAGGUUUUUGGGGACCCAAAACCAGCCCCAUCGUGCAUUUUGUACAUAGGUAAAGGAACGCAAAGAAGGAAAAGGAAUGGCAUCGGUUCCUUUUUUUUUGCUUACUGUAAAUUAGUCAAAGUCUGGGUCGGACUUGCUUAUUACUACAGAGAGAAAGAGAGACAGAGCAUUCGAUCGUUUUAAGCUGUGUUCUAAUUAUACUCCCUUUCCCAAUUGCUAUUCUGUUCAUUCCUCUCUUCAAUUUCUGCUACCCAUCGGAUCAAAUUCUCUUGCAUUUCAACGGUGUGAAGUUGAAAUUCAAAGAGUGUUGCACCGCUUUCCCCAUAAACUAAUUCCAUAACCAUUUUCCCCCUCGGUUUUCCACCAAAUGCACCUUCUUUGGUUUCCUUCUGUUUCUCCCCUUUAUUAGUUUAUAUUCCACCCAGUUUCGUGUGAUUAUUAGUACGUGCGUGAAGCUUUUUCUUUUGUUCUUUUUUUUACAAUUGUAAGUCAUAUUCUACGUAUGCUUUCGAAGUAACCGAUAAGGAUGAAGUGUAUCAAAUCUUCCAUACGCAAUAAUGGUGCUUACAAUGUUGCAACUACAUCGAGCAGAGUAAAAUAUAAAUAAGGAAAGAUCGUGAUCCUAACCUGGGAAGGGAUGUAAAGAUUUGCAAAAAAGAAAAAUGACAGCUCAGCUUAGGUAGAAAAGGAAACAAAUACAAAAGAGAAAAAUUCGAUUUUAUUUGGUCAAGUAAGAGAAGAAAAAAGCAACAUAAUAACAACGUCUGUGUUAGUAACACUUACAAUUGCUUCUCUUUAAAAAAAACCCUCAACAUUUAGAUCAAAAGAAAAAAAAACAACAAUCUAAACUAAAAAGCGAACGAGAAAUGGGAAGAAAAUUGUGAUUUUAUCGAGAAUAAUUAUUUGCUCUGUGUGCUACUGCUGAACCGGCGCGUUUCGCACAAGAAAAGGUUAGCAGUUUAUAGCAUUAGGUAGUUUUAAAUGGUAAAGUUAAAUUCAAUUUAGAAGGAAAACAUGGAAGAAGAAGAGCUUAGAAACUACACGACCCGCAAACGAAAGGAGGAAGGUUUUGUUGUUGUUGUGGCGAGCGGUUAGAUUAGCUUAGUAUACUUUAAUUAUUCCUCUCGUCGAAACAGAAGGUAAUGUUUGCCUUGCCCCUUUUUGUAGAGGGAAAGUGUUUUUUUUUUAUUUUGGUUGUAUUUAGUGCGUUUAACAGUUUCUUUACAGUUUCCUCAUUCACUUUCAUUUUCCCUUUCGUCUGUAUCUCUGCUCACUCACUCACUAAACUAGGUCUAGUAAAAACAUUAUAGGAAAAGUAUGCUCGUUAGGGUUUAUCUGUCCCUGUUUUAGUUCGUCCCGGGACGCAACGCAAUAUAUCGUAUCCCUACGUUUCUUUAGUGCAGUAAUGUUGUCACCGAGCGGACAUGCAUGUUUACUUAUUACACGAACUUAUAUUGCCGAGCGCCGAAUCAAAGCGAAGAUCAAUACAUUAUCGAAACAGGAAUGCGAAAUAUAAUUAAAACAAAACGUAUGAAAACGAA